CCAGGGACCAGGAGGGGAGGGUGGGCGAGAGGAAGAGCGCUCCUACAGGGGACGCAAACAGGGCCUCCAGAGUAGGGGUGACUGUGUCAGGCAGUGUCACCUCGAAGCCCUGCCACCUCCAUUCCACGUCUUUAAACGGAAGACCCCAAUUCUAAGAAGGACAGCCUAAAAUGGACCUUGAGAUGCCUGAGUUCUCCAUGAUGGCUGCUGUAAGCGCCAAACCUCAGCUGAGCUCCAGGGUGGGCGUGGAGAACCCCGGACAGCAGCAGACAGCACCCAGCCUCCCUGUCCCCACCUCUCCAGGCCUCAGAAGCAGAGCAGCCACCAUGCACAUCCCUGAAAGCCUCCAGGACCUGGCUGACAGUGAAGCGGUGCGGUUUCUGAAGAGACCAAAGACAAUUGCUCGGAUCUUUGCAGGGGUCUUCUCCCUCGUCGUAUUCUCCUCCCUGCUGACGGAUGGCUACCAGAACAAGGCUGACUCCUCGAAACUGCACUGUGUGCUCAACAGCCACACCCCGGCCUGCAGCUUUGCAGUGGGAGCUGGCCUCCUGGCCUUCCUCACCAGCCUGCUCUUCCUGCUUCUGGAUGCCCAGGAGGCCCGCAUUGCCAACACCCGCUUCAAGACAGCCUUCCAGCUCCUGGACUUCAUCCUGGCUGUCCUCUGGACAGGCAUCUGGUUCGUGGGUUUCUGCUUCAUGGCCAACCAGUGGCAGCAUUCGCCCCCCAAAGAGUUCCUCCUGGGGAGCAGCAGCGCCAGGGCGGCCAUCGCCUUCGCCUUCUUCUCCAUCCUUGUCUGGAUAUUCCAGGCUUACCUGGCCUUCCAGGACCUCCGGAAUGAUACUCCCGUCCCCUACAAGCGCUCUCUGGAUGAGGGUGGUGUGGUGCUGACCACCAUCUCCCCACCCUCAGCUGCCAGCCCCAUCAACACACCCGCUUCUGGAGCCAACAGCCUGAGUUACUCCAGUUCCGCUCUGUCCCCCUAUCUGACCACUCCGAAGGUCCCCCGCCUCGCUAUGAUGUCCGAUGACUAAACAGUCUCCUUCCAGCAGUAAAGAGAUAACCCUCCCUGCAGGGAGCUUUCUGAAACAGCCCUCUCUGUCCUGCACAUAUCUGUUCUUCUCUGGAGUAGCCCGGGUGGGAGAAGUCCUCCCAGGUUACCACAGGGGUCUGUGCUGAGGUCUCAUUCCCCAGCACCUCCAGGGUGCCACUAGGAUGGGGCCCAUCAGAGGUGGGAACAGGAAGAGGACUUACCUUUCAGAGCUGUUCCCCACCCAGCCCUUGACUCCUCACAUGAACCACGAAAGGAGGCCCCCCUAUAGAGCUGAGGUCAAGUUUAGGGGAGAAAAUACAAAAUGAGUGAAGCCCAUUCCCUUACCAAGACAAGGGCCCCAAGUCAAACAAAACCAAACUGUGUGAGGAGGAGUCACUGAAGGAACAGGGGGUGGCAAAUCCAUGACUAAGACAGGACAUGAUCCUUAUCUUCAAGUAUUUUAAUGACAAUCUCAGGAUAAAGGAAGGGGUCUUACUGUAGGACCCCAAAGCUAAUUGGGAACUCAUAUGCAGGUCACAAAAAUCUACUUCAAAGGGUGAAGCAACCCAAAAGGAGGAGAUGGAGUCAGGAGCUAUGUCCAGGAGGGAGUCCAGGGCAGCUCUCACAACGUGAGUCAUGGGGGACAGCUCUAAGUUGCAUAGUUGCCCCAUGAAGAAAAGUAGAACAAAAGAGUGGAUAGUCAUUUCACAUCUUUUAUUUAACCCACAUAUCCAACAUGUCAUCAAUAUAAAAAUCCUUCAUGGGGCAUCUUAGAUGCCCACAGUAAGUUCCCACACUGCCUCUAGACUCCUACUUCAACUGCUGUUGGUCACAUGUAGCUCUAGGCUACCGUGUUGGAUGGUGCAGCUCUAGAACCUUCUGAUUUCCCUAGUACAGUUGGACAUUCCAGUGUGGGAAUAGCAGAAUGAAUUAAAUUUAUGUGGAAUUUGUUGGCAAUGAAUUAAAAAAAAAUUUACCCCAAA